AUGGAUGGUAGCUUGAUGCAUAAUAAUAAUGGUGAUUUUAUUUUGGGUUUUUACGGGGCUGCAGUAGUUCCAAACAUUUUAUUCGCAGAGCUUAUGGCCGUGUUACAUGGUCUGCAAAUUUGUUGGGAGAAUGAAUUCAGAAAAAUCAUUUGUUUCUCAGACUCGCUGCAGGGAGUUAGUUUAAUUCGGGAUGGAGUUUCAGCUCAUCACCGGUUUGCGAAUGAAAUUUUUAGUAUCCGCCAGUUUCUCAGUAGAGAUUGGGAAGUGGUAGUGGAGCAUACACUCCAAGAGGGUAAUGCUUGUGCGGAUGUGUCGGCCAAGAUGGGUGCUCUUGCUGACUCGCCGUUAAUGAAAAUUACUUCUCCUCCUAGUAGCUUAGCUAUGCCCCUUCUUGCUGAUGCGCGGGGUGUAGUUUUUAUCCGAGAGUAG